GACGCACUGCGGCCCUCGCCACCGUCAUCCCCUCGCCGCCGCGACCUCCGCGCCGCACACCUCCCCUCCCCCUCCCGGGCCUGCGACCGCGCCAGCCUGGGGCGUGCGCGCGCGCCGGUGUGUGCGCGCGCCCGGCUCGGACCCGCGCCCGCCGCCGCGUCCCCGGCGCUCGCUGCAGGAACAUGGCGGGGUCGGUGGCCGACAGCGACGCCGUGGUGAAACUUGAUGAUGGGCACUUGAACAACUCCCUGGGUUCUCCGGUUCAAGCCGACGUGUACUUCCCACGACUGAUAGUUCCAUUUUGUGGGCACAUUAAAGGUGGCAUGAGACCAGGCAAGAAGGUAUUAGUGAUGGGCAUCGUAGAUCUCAACCCCGAAAGUUUUGCCAUCAGCUUGACCUGUGGUGACUCUGAAGAUCCUCCUGCCGAUGUGGCGAUUGAACUCAAAGCUGUGUUCACGGACCGGCAGCUCCUCAGAAACUCUUGUAUAUCAGGAGAAAGAGGCGAAGAGCAGUCAGCAAUCCCUUACUUUCCGUUCAUCCCGGACCAGCCGUUCAGGGUGGAGAUUCUGUGCGAACACCCUCGCUUCAGAGUGUUUGUGGAUGGACACCAGCUCUUUGAUUUUUACCAUCGUAUCCAAACGUUAUCUGCAAUUGACACCAUAAAGAUCAAUGGGGACCUCCAGAUCACCAAACUUGGCUGAUGUUUUAACGCACUUCUGUUGCAAAUACGAUCAAUCAGGUGCCACAUCUACACAUCUACGUGACUAUCUGAAAGAAGUGUCCUAGCCAGAACUGGAGACUUUAAAAGAAAACAAAAAACAAAGGCAGACUUCGCUGCCUCUGUCCGUGCAGUUUAAGUCCAGAACGACAGCUUCGUCUGUGGUUUGCCCAGGAGAAGCAAGCUCCCGAGAAAGCCACCGAGCCAUUGCCCAGAACAAAGUUAUACGUUUAUGCUGGAUUUUAUUCAGACUAAACUAAAAUGGAUUUGCGAUGAUUUGUGAUUUGGUGGCAAUUACUCAUCAUCGCGAAGCAAGGUGAUAUCUAGAAACAAAAAGUGCUAAAGACCUCAAAAACAACCACGGUACACCAACUUGAUGCAUUUCUGCACUGACGUGGAAUUGCAUAGCACAACGGACAUUUUAGUCAGGGUAUUUACAUAGAAUGUAGAUUGUGCAAGGUUCGGUUUUUAUGUCUCCUUGGGGGUUGUUUUAUUUUUUUGGUUUUGUUUUGUUUUGUUUUUUCUGGCACAGCAUCAUGUUAACUUGGAUUUUUAAGCAUUCUCAAUUAAUUUAUUUAUAUUUAGUAUAUGUAUUAAUGUAUUAGAGAAUGAGCAAUGUCUACAAAUUAUGAACUUAGGUCUGAGGGGGAAAUUUAUGUAUUACAAGCAUAAAAUAGGUAGAUUUUUAACCUUAAAGAAUUUGAGCUUAUUCUCCUUACCCCUCAACUUUGGCUUCUUAACACAAAUUGCUAUAAAUGCUUUUGGGGAAAUUUUUGCAACACUUCGAUAAAACUCUAAAGUUCCUGCCUAUGAUGUGAACUUUUGUUUGCAUUGCUUCUUCUCCUUCCUGUGAACUAGCACAGUAUUGGCUUCCUUAAGACUCACUACUCCUUAGAUUUACAUACUAGCUCAUUAAGUUGAUAUUAAAUUGAUGGUAAGCAUAUAAGAGGUGAUUGCACAGACAGCUUUUAAAAUAACUGUAUAUCAGUUCUUAAUAGUAUGCUAUGAAAGUGAAUCCAGAAUGCAGUGUAAAGCAGAAGCAAGUCGCCCCAAACUACUUACUGAGAAAUAACUUAUAUCCACCUAGGCUGUUAGCUCAUUGUAUAAUUUUUUCUUCUGAGACCCUCCCUAAGUAUCCCUAAGCAAUGCCUCUGGAGCUUCUGAGUAGACAGUGCUGCCUUCCUGGUCCAUAAGAUAGGAUCCAGUCAGGCCAUCUGAAAGGUUAAGUUCCAGGAUUUCAGGUUUUGUCGUCCAGCCAAUAGCAAUCAUGCUUCCGGGAAAACUGCUUCCCUGCGCUUGUAGAACUACCAAUAGGGUGCAGAUUAUCAGUGCAUCUUCAAGGCUAGGGAUGCUUGGAAUUUCAUACACAGUUUUGGUCCUAGAGAGAAGGGCCUUUGGCAUUGCAGGUAGUGGGGAAGGAAGGGAUGCUGGGUGGGGUAUAUUUAUAUAUAAUUUAGGUUUUGUUUGUACAGUGUAUGUGUCUUACUAGGGCAUCUCCUUGUCCUGCUUCACUUUUAAGGUUUUUUACACAACAUGCAGAGGCACUGAAGUGGCCAUGUCCUCUUCAUGUGUCAAGAAUGUAGACAGUGUUUCAGAACCAAAGUCUUAAGAUAAACAAAGCAAACUAAAAUAAGGAAUUUUUAUAGAUGAUAUAUUUGGAUUCUUCUCAACUUUGAAACUGUUUAGCACAGUUCCAUGGUGUUAUAUACAAAGACUUGUCCACCAAGACCAGCUGCAUCGUUUAAAGCCUCACAUUCUAGCUGGCUUCCUAGCCGGUCAGCCAGGAGAGCUGUCUUGGAGGUCCAGGUAUUUUUUUAAGCCUGUGAGCAAUUUCUCGUGGCUUCAAAAGCCACUUUAAGAGAGUUUAGAGCACACCCUGAAAAACAUUUGUAACGUUUGGAUUCGAUUCAUGCAGUAAGCAUGCCCCCAGGAGGGCUCAUCUGAGUGGCCAAGCAUGGGUAAUUCAGCAGAAGCUUAGGGAAAGAGAUUAGAAGGGACUCUUCUCUCUACCUGUCAGCUAACUCAGAGGCAGCCACUCCCUUAGGCUGCUUGGUAUGGAAAGCAGUAUUAAACCUCCCAGGUCAGCCUCCCGAGGGCCAUCUAAGUGGUGCACUAGGUUGACGUUGGACUAGUUAAUAAGCAGGGGCCACAGCCCACUGUCCAAAUGGCUAGCUAGAAACUAGGACAAGUUCACACUUUCCUCAGCCUGAGAGGUCUAAUGUGGAAAAUUCAGGAUUGGAAGUGCAAUUUAGAGCUUCAUGGGGAAAGUAUUUGCAUACACAAGGGGUUCUGUCCACCCAGGGCCCUGGCUUUGCAAUAACCAAUACCAAGAGAUAACAGUCAGGCUCUGGGGAAAUAAGCAGGCUUUAGACAAUCUACAGCAAAGUUGGAGUAAAUGUAUCUAUCAAGUUAACAGAAGUGACUUCUGCUUCCUGGGCUAUCCCAGAACUGUCUUAAAAUUAAUAUUUUUUUAAAUUUUGAAGCCCAGUUUCAAAUCUUGCCAACUUCUCUAAAACUCCCUAAGAGGUCACUCUUAAGAGUUGAUGAUGAAUUAAAUGGCAAAUCCAUGUGCAUUAAGAGAAAAAAAUAUCCAAAAAAAGGAUCAAGCCCUAUUGCCUUGCGAAAACAGCUUUGGCAUUUUCUGGCAUUAAUGUAAAGAUACUGUUCCUAUGAUGACAUAUUUUCAAAGAAACACUUUCUUAUUUACUGCGUGGUGUAAAGUGUUGUUAAGUGUGUGUUACAUUAUGUCACUGCUGAAAGUUAUUUGCACUAUAAUAAAGGAAUUUUCUACAA